GCCAAGCUGGCCUCCCCGGCAGCCGCGCCGCUGACCCCGGCCCCAGACCUGGAUCCCGAUCCGGACCCGGAGCCGGUCGAGCGUCUCGCUCACGAAGAGCAGUAUGUGAGCGUGGGCGAGUGCAGCCCGCUUGACGCCGGUCCGGCGCCUCCUUCCUGCAGGGACGCUGAAACCAUCACAGAUGUCUGCAACAGCACCGACCUGCCAGAGUUUGAGAUCAUCAGCCUUCUGGAGGAGCAGCUGCCGGUCUACCGGCUGCGGGCCGACACCGUCUACGGCUACGACAACGAUGACUGGCUCCACACGCCCCUGGUGGCGCCGGACGCCAGGCUCGACCUGACCACCGAGCAGAUCGAAGAGACACUCAAAUACUUCUUGAUGUGCGCAGACAGAGUAGGCCAAAUGACAAAGACCUACAAUGAUAUCGAUGCUGUCACACGUCUGUUGGAGGAGAAAGAGAGAGACCUGGAACUGGCUGCAAAGAUCGGCCAAUCUCUUCUCAAGAAGAACCGGACUCUGACUGAACAGAAUGACUACCUGGAGGAGCAAGUGGGGCAGAUCACUGAGGAGGUGGCCCAGCUUCACCAUGAGCUCAACCUGAAGGACGAGCUGCUUCAGUUUUACACCAACGCAGUGGAGGAGUGUGAGGACGAGUCCGCCGCCUCCCCCACGGGCAAGAAGAGUAAAGCAGAAACAGCUUCGGGAGUCUUUCUUAGUGACACGCUCCAGAGGAAACUCAAAGAGCUGGAAGAGGAGAACCUGUCACUCCGCUCAGAGGCCAGCCAUCUUAAGUCAGAGACGGAAACGUAUGAAGAGAAGGAGCAGCAGCUUGUCAGUGACUGUGUCAAAGAGCUCCGGCUGUCCAGUCUGCAGAUCUCUGCUAUCGCUGAGGAGUUGGCUCGGAAAACCGAAGAUGCCUCCCGUCAGCAGGAGGAGAUCACGCACCUCCUCUCUCAGAUAGUGGAUCUCCAAAAGAAGGCUAAAUCUCUGGCUGUUGAAAAUGAGGAGCUAUCUCAGCACCUAGUGGCAGCAAAGGACGCUCAGAGGCAGCUUACAGCAGAGCUGCAGGAGCUGCAGGAGAAAUACUCAGAGUGUAUCGAGAUGCUGCAUGAAGCCCAGGAGGAGCUUAAGAACCUGAGGAACAGGAACUACCCUGCAGGAACUCCCCGACGCUACCACCCGCUGGGACUCUACCCAAUGGAUUCUCUGGCGGCGGAGAUCGAAGGAACGAUGAGGAAGGAGUUGAGUCUGGACGAUCCUGAGUGUGAAGAGCAGAAGAUCCACCGGAAGCGAGUGUUUGAGACGGUGAAGAGUGUGAACCAAACCGUUCGCCAGCGCUCGCUCACUCCGACCAACUCCAACAUCCCAGGCUCCAACCAAUCACUGUCCACUCGGACGUCGCCCCAGUCCAGCGGCCUCUCCACGCCUCACUCCGCCAUGUUUGGCGGGGACAUCGUCGGAGACGGUGUCGCCUAUGACAACCGGACCCAGACCAUUCUCAUGGAGACAGCAUGCAAUCAGGACAACAGCUUAGAGUGCAGAGAGAAGAAGGCGAGCGGGGCAGAGGACCUGCGCCUGGCCCUGCGCCGCCUGUCUCUGCGCCGACAAAACAACCUGAGCGAGAGACGCUUCUUCGAAGAGGAGAGAGAGCGCCGACGGGGCAGAGUGCACGGAACCCUCGACCACGACAACGUGCUGACCCCUUCCGACAGCAUCAUGUCGCUUGGAAACCUGAACCUGUGGGCCUCCCGGGGGCCGUACCUCCCCGACAAGCUGCAGAUCGUCAAGCCGCUCGAAGGUUCGGCCAUCUUGCAUCAGUGGCAGCAGCUAGCUCAGCCUCACCUCGGUGUGAUCCUGGACGCCAGGCCCGGCGUCGUGCCGAAGGGCUACAGGCCCCUUGAGCUGGAGCUGGAACAGGUGUACCCAUGGGGCGGUUUCGAGGAGGAUGAACCAGGAGAACAGUACUUCCAGAAUCUGCCCACCUCCUCCUCCUCGUCCUCUACGGCCUCGCCGGCUGUGCCUGCCGUCUCCAGCACGGGGGACACCAACCUCAGGCAGCCCCCGUGCAGCCUUGGCCCGCCGUCUCCGCCUUCCCCGUCCCCGUCUCCGCAUCUUAGCAACACCGAUGCGCUGGCUGCAUACUAUCCAGGAAAAAGCAUGGCCCACACCAGCUCCACUUACACCUUCACAACGUGUCGGAUCCUCCAUCCAACGGACGAACAGACGCGCGUCACACCAAGUCUAAACCCCGUCUCCACGUCGUCCUCCUGUGUGAUGAGCAGCAGCCUGUGGGGAACGCCCGCCGCCACGCCCUGCACGCCGCGCAGGCUCAGCCUCAGGCCCUCUGAAUCAUCCACCAACCUCAGAGAUGGAACGCGCACCACCAGCACUUCCCUGGGGUUAGUGCGCCUCCUGCAGGAGAGGGGGAUCUCAGCGGCCAUGUACCACCAGAGCCAGGGCACUGGAGGAGUUCUGUUCAGCACCUCCAUCGCCCCCAACAGGGCAUCCAACACCGAACACCUACGACCCGCCACCCCUCCAAACUCCCCGACGAGGCCCGGCGCCUCGGCUGCCACGACCUCUGAAGGCUUCGACUUCAAGAGCCCGUCGUACGACAACUUCCUGGCGUCCAAGCCGGCGCGCUCCAUCCUGAAGGAGGUGACGGAGACGAGAGGCCGGCAGAGAGCGAGGGACUGCGAGAGCCAAACGGACGUCAGCGUGGCCGUCUACAACCUCAACCUGUUGGACAAGGUGAAGCGACUGGGCGUGGCCGGAGGCAGGGCAGCGAGCCCCAGCCCCCUGCUGGGGCCUCUGGGGGGACUGCGCAGGUCUGGGUCCCCCUUUGGGCCGGAUGGAAUGAGAAGGAACAGGAGUUACCCGGCCAUGGUUGGCGCCAGCAUGGCCAUGAAGACCCCGGGGCCCCAGGAAUAGUCUGCACUGUUGCUGAGUAGGGAGGACAGGAACCGGACCGGCUGCUGAGCGGUCGCCUGCAGGGUUCCAACUGUAAACAACAAAAAUCUCCACUGCAGUUCUACUUGAAUUUUAUCCCUAGCGCUAAUUUAACAGCCGGCUGAUGCCUGAAAUAAAGGGAAUUCAUUUAAAGAAAUAAAAGUCUAGUUAAUACGUACAUUUCAACCAUCCAAUCUAAAAGCAGUUUUACUUUUGUGUUCCUGAAUUUUAAAAAAAAAUCUCUUUAAUGACCUGCAUGAUAUCAAAUUUGAUUUAUGAUUCUAUUCCAAGAAUCAUCUGGAACGUUUUGUCAUUUGUUUUUCUCUAUACAGUAUUUGGCUCGCUCAGAUUCUUGAUGUGAGGUUUCUGGUCAGAGGUUGCGACCUGUAAAUUUCUUGCUUUCAGCAGGAAAUAGUUAAUUUGCUUCCAGUCUUCUUAGUUAGCAUCUUUCCGACCUGACAGAAGUCUAGACAGUUAUUCCUUCAGGUUUUAACUAUGUCCACAGCAUCAGAAAACUGCAGGCUUUAUAGGUUUCAUUAGCUUGAGUGCUAAAGGGUUGAAAUUUAACCUAGCGUUCCAAAAAAUUUGGUAAGUUAUUUUAGUUAAUUCAUGGUUAAACAAGAGAAGGACUUAAACUUUCACACAGAGCCAGAUUGGUUUAGAUAGCUUGCUUCCCUUAAUAAUUGAAAAAGCUAUAAGUAGCUUUUUGUAUUUAAUUUGGUUUACAUCAACAUUUGUUGGAUGAUAUGAAUACCUAAAGUAGAACAACUGCAGAAAACUUGAAGGAAGCAAGCAAUUUUCACAAUAAAAGACUGUGGGUGUCCAGAGUCCAUCAUCACAACAGCAUGUUGAGUUUACCCAGAUUCACUUAUUCACUGCAAAGCUAAUGAGGUGUCCAAAACAAAACUGUCCUUGAUUUUUACCAUGUCUUACUUGUCAAUCAGCUGGUUUAUUUGGACGGAUGUGUUUAGGUUUGUUGUUUUUGUGUCUAACACGUGGGAUCAAUGUUACACACCACGUACCAUGUGGUUCUUCUGUGUACAUAACUAAACACUUUUCUGUAAA